AAACAGAGAGAGAGAGACACAGAGAAAAAGAGAGUGAGUGAGAGAGAGCGCAGGCAUUCAAGAAGGAGCUGAAUUGCAUGGUGAUUUGAUCGGAGCGCAGCUGCGAGAGGCGCUGGAAUCCAAACCGGCUUUUUUUUUCUCUCUAUUUGCAAACGUUUGUGUUUUCCGAGGCUUCACAUCGUUCUCAAGCAGCGCUCCAGUGCUUCCUUUCUCGCUCCAGUUGGAUUUUAACACAGCAAAGCCUCAUGGAAUCAGACGCCGGAUGGCUUUGGUCUCCCGUUGGAUUAAGAGCAUCAUUCAGUCAGUUCAGCAGCGGAGACAGCGACUGAGAGAGAGGUUGUGUCAGAAAAGCAGGCAAGGAUGAAACUGAAGCCCAGUAAAAGAGAGUCCCGCUGGGGAAUCCAUAGGCAGAUGUGGAGCCCCUGGAGCCACUGACCCAGUGUCUGGAUGAUCUAUGGAUAGAGCCCAGCAGCCCCUCAAGAGUCAAUGCUUCACUGUUGAGCAAUUCCACAUCGGCAGACACAAACAAACGUUGCCUGGUAAUUGCAUCGAAUCUACAGUCUGAAGAUUUCGAGAGCACCAGAAGAAUUGACCUACCAACUCAGAUUCUGUAAUCGUAGCCCGUAUACACAGUCUGAACAUUUCUUUCUUGUGCUCCAUUUACUUAUAAGAAGGAAAUUAACUAUCAAUUGAGCAAAUUGCAUGCAUGCGAAGCUUCCGGGAAAGCCCAUGUAUCCUCGGAUCACCUUCCAAAAGCAUGACCGUGAAAAAGAGGAAAGUUAUGGCGUCUCUCUGAGAUCAGGCAGGAGUGCGGUCUUACAGGAUCGAUGCAAGCUACUGAUUAAUGGGCAGAUUUCUCUUCCAUUUAGUGUGUAGGAGAAGAACCAUCUGCCAAGGCUAUGAUUGUGAAUCCGGGACUUUUCUUCCUCUAAGAGUUGCAUUUUCAUUGCAAAGCAAUCCAACUUCUUUGCAUAUUUUGGACAGUUCCUUUUUUACAAGACUCAAUACAAGACUUGCAAAGCAGUGUGAAUCUAACUGUCAGCUGGGAUCAAUAGAUUUUUGCUGGGAUCAUUUAUUUUCUCUUUGUUCCUGGGUCAAGUUUAUGAAUUAAUCGAAAUGCAAACACCUUCAAGUUGCAUAGAACUAGGAUGAAGUAGUAUUUCUUCCAACCAGCCCUUCAAAGCUUAAAACCUGGUUUCUUUAGUCUUCAAGAGUUGUUUUCAAUUGCAAAGUAAUCCUGCAUCCUUUUCGAACUUUGCAUCAAUUAACGCUGCUCCUUCUGAUUUUUAUUCAAUUCAAACCUUGCAAAGCAGUGUGAAUCAAACUGACAGUCGAGAGCAAUUGGCUUUUGGUAAAAUAAGUUCAUUUCACUUUGUUCCUAGGUCAUGUGUAUAGAAUAUUAGAAAUUCAAAUAUCCUCGGAGGUCACAGAGCUUGCGUGAUAAAGCCAACGCUUUGAGGUUCUUUUGGGAAGUAAUCCUGCAUUGGAUGUUUUUUUGUUUCUUUUUCUUGUUUAUUUAAAAUUUUGGAUCGUUUAACCAUACAUCUUCAGAUUUAUAGAUCUAUUCAAGCCUUGCGAAGUGAAGUGAAUCAAGAGGAAUUGGCUUUUUUGUUGAAUAAGGACUUUCCUCUUUGUUCCUGAGUCACGUUUAGGAUAUAUCUGAAAUGCAAUUUCUUUCAAAGUUCACAGAAAUAGAAUGAAAAAGUGGUUGCUCCGUAAGCCCAGCAAAGCUUGAAAUGCCACUUCGAGAAUCCUUUAAACCCAAGUACAACAAAGGAAACAACAUAACUGUGAAACAACAUUUGCUUGGUCUUUAAGAGGGUUGCAUUUCAAUUGCAGAGCAAUCCUGCAUUGGACUUCUUAAUAUCAUCUAUCUUAAUAUUUGGAAGCAAAGCCAAGCAGAGAGGCAAACAACAGCAAUUGAUUUUUUAGAGGAACAAUUUCUUUUCACUUUGUUCCAAUGCAAAUGCCUUCAAAGUUCGUGAAAUUGAGUUAAAAAGUCACCUAUUUCAAACUUCUGAAAUGAAAAAAAUCCUUUAAACGCAAGUACAACCAAGCAAACAGCAAAACUGUGAAACAACCUUUGUUCUUUAAGAGAGUUGCAUUUCCAGUUCAAAGUAAUCCUGCAUUGGACUUUUUAUCAUUCUAGUACCAUUGGGAAUGCAAAUGCCCUCAAAGUUCAUCAAAUUGAUUUGAAAAAAAAAACAGCAGUUUCAACAAACUGGAAUUAAUAAAAUCCUUCAAACCCAAGUGAAAGCAAGCAAACAACAAAACUGUGAAACAACAUUUCCUUGGUCUUUAAGAGUUGCAUUUCCAGAACAAAGAAAUCCAGGAUUUGACUUUAUCACUCUUCAUAUUUGCAAAAUAAGGCAAAGCAGUGAGUCAAACAAAGCAAUUGACUUUUCAGUAGAGCAGUUUCUUAUUACUUUAUUCCAGGGUCGAGUUUAAUACUGGGAAUGUGAAAGCCUUCAAAAAUUAAAAAUCCUACAGAGCCAAGUACCAAAACUGUGAAACAACAUUUCCUUGGUCUUUAAGAGAGUUGCAUUCCAGUGCAAAGUAAUCCUGAAUUGGAGUUUUUAUCAUUCUAUUACUAUAGAUUCAACAAAUUGGGUUGAAAAACCUUCUGGAAUUAUAAGAAUCUUUUUAAACCCAAGUACAGCCAAGCAAAACAACAUUUCCUUGGUCUUUAAGAGAGUUGUCAUACCAGAGCAAAGUAAUCCUGCACUGACUUUUUAAAGUUUAUCAAGUUGAGGGGAAAAAACAGCAGUUUCAACUAACUGGAAUUAAAAAAACCCUUGAAACCCAAGUAAAACCAAGCAAACACCAAAUCUGUGAAACAAUAUUUCCUUGCUCUUUAGGAGAGUUGUAACCCUGCAUUAGACCUUCUAUCAUUCUUCAUACUACUGGGACUGCAAAUGCCUUCAAAGUUCAUCAAAUUGAGCUGAAAAAGCAGCAGUUUCAACUAUCCAGAAUUUAAAAAACCUUCAAACCCAAAGUGCAACGAAGCGGACAACAUUGUCGUGAGUGAGUGCAUGCGGUGGUGGCCCUCAGCAUGGUGUUGCCACCACCGGACAAGCGGCAUGUGUGUCUUACAACCUUCGUCAUCAUGACUAGCAUGGCUUUCAUGGAUGCCUACCUAGUGGAACAAAACCAAGGUCCACGCAAGAUUGGCGUCUGUAUCAUAGUCCUAGUGGGGGAUGUUUGCUUCCUUAUUGUCCUCCGUUAUGUGGCGGUUUGGGUCGGAGCAGAAGUGCGGACAGCUCGCAGAGGAUACGCCAUGAUCCUUUGGUUCCUCUAUAUCUUUGUAUUAGAGAUCAAGCUUUACUUUGUCUUCCAGAACUGUAAGGCUGAUCGCAAGAGUCUGGAAACUGUUGCAAGGAAAGCUUUGACUUUGUUGCUGUCCAUUUGUGUGCCUGGUCUCUACUUGGUACUAGUGGCUCUGGAUAGCAUGGAGUACGUUCGUACCUUUCGAAGGAAGGAGGACAUGAGGGGGCGACUCUUUUGGGUGGCUUUGGACUUGCUGGACUUGCUUGAUAUGCAGGCAAAUCUUUGGGAGCCGCAGCGGACGGGUUUGCCCAUUUGGGCUGAAGGUCUGAUGUUCUUCUACUGCUACAUUUUGCUUCUAAUCCUUCCCUGCGUAUCCCUAAGCGAGAUCAGCGUACAGGGUGACCAUAUUUCUCCACAGAAGAUGAUGCUUUAUCCUCUUCUCAGUUUGGUCACCAUCAAUAUCGUCACCAUCCUCAUUCGUGGGGUCAACAUGGUGCUUUUCCAGGACAGCCGGGUUUCUACUAUUUUUGUCGGUAAGAACGUUGUGGCCAUCGCAACCAAGGCGUGCACCUUUCUGGAGUACCGGAAACAGUCCAGGGAAUUCCCAAAUCGAGAAAACGCAAGUGGCAUUCCCAUGGAAGUCCAGCAGAACUCUGUGGGACACCACGGACAAGCUCUUCCCAAUGCUACUACCCUUCCGCAUGAACCCACCCCAGCUCGGGAGAUUAUGGAUACAUGACCAAGGAGCCAAAAUGGAGGCUUUUGUUUGACACAGCUCAAAAUAUUUAAAACUACAGAGCCCUCAAAUGACCUGAUGUGAACUGUUAAGGAGAACACUACAAAAAUUGCUUUGCUUUGUUUAACUCAAUUUUAGUCCAAAUAGUAAGUUCUUAAAUAAGAUUUCUUUACUUACAGAUUACUUUGCUUGUUUUAAAGAAAAUCACACAUAAUCUUGACUUAUUUCUGAAAACACAACAUUUUUUACUACUUGCUUUACAAAUUAGUUGAUAUUUGGACUACAACUAAGAAAAGUAAGAAAGGCGCUUUAUGAAGUAUUUGCUACAACAUUACAGCACUUAGGUGCUGCUUUAUUUUCAGGACCUAAAUCAGCCAAUUAUAAGUUGUGGUGUUCAAAAGCAAACUUUAGUGUUUAUGAUUGACUCUCCUUUAUCUUCUCCCCACAGUUGACCAUGAUAAGUUAAAGUAUGUUUUCUGUCCAUGCAAUAUAAGAGUGACUGUUGUGCAAAAAUCCUUUCCCACCUUAGACCAAACUGUUGUUCCCACAACCCAUUUUUUUGUGUCUGACUUCUCGUUGUUGUCGAAGUGCAUCAGAUAUUUGAGAACUGAAGAGUGGAAAUAAACUGCAAUGAGUUUACUACUGGGAGAACUAGUUAGGUUAAUGUUUAUAACCGAAUAUUGAGGAAUAGUCCAACAUGCCUGAAGUAUGUGUUUGCGCUUGUGUUUUAAGACAUAGUGUUGACAUUACAUAAAUGAGAAUGAAAGGAAAACGAGAAAUGUGUAUUUUGGAAACAAACAAAAAAAUUUGUGAAUGAACUUACUCUUGGUUGGUAUGUGGAUUAUUUUUUAUUAUUAUUACUACUAUGGACCCUUUUCACAAGACUGGAAUGCAUACCUGCCAACAUUUGUCUGUGAAAUCUGGUGGGGGGAUGAGGGGUUGAGGUGUCUGUUCAGGGGUGAGGUUUCUAAGGCCGUACUCACUAUGUACAGUUGCCUCGAACCGGGCCAAAGCAUGCUUGUCCCUCCUCCCGUCUCCCCCGACAGCCCGUACUCACACUACAAUCGGGCCUGGGCACGCUUACGUCAUAGAUGCUGUGUUUCAGUGAGCCCUAUCGCUCAGCACAGAGAUUUCUCUAGUUAUAUAAUUUCAGUCGUUUGAUAUUCAGUGACAU